CCACCUCACAUUGUUUUACAGCUUUUAUAUGUGCAUAUGUUUAUAUGUUAUUAACUUCAUCUGUGUGUAUUUACUUUCCAUUUGCCAUAUUCUUUGUAAUUAAUUUGCCAUAUAAUUCAAAGUGAUAUUAUCAGACAGUGCUUCAGAGGCCUUUGAGAAAUCAUGUAUUUUGCUCAUUGGCAAAAAUGAUGAUGCAACUGAACUGUUAUUGAACCUCUACCAGUUCAGAAACAUCAGUAUUAAACAGCACAACCCAGUAUUAACAGUUCACUGCACCUUCAACUUAGUUAAACUAAUAUAUAGAUAAACAUGGAAAAUGGAUUAACAUUUGAGAAGGCCAGGGAGUUUUUCACAUUUUGUUUUAUCUUUUAUUUUUGGUGCUUUGUUAUAAAUGUUGAAAUGCUGUAACAUUCCCACUUUAUCUGCUACAAGCAGGCAUGUGAUCAGCUAAGGAGAAAAAAAAAAGAGAAAAAAAAUGUUCCCCCUCAUUUAGUAUGCAAUAUUAUUAUUAUUAUUAUUAUUAUUAUUAUUACUGUCACAGUUUGUAACAUUACAAUUUAUAUUUGCAAUUUACAAUUUGUAACAUUUAAUCAAAUCAAUAAAGAAAUAUAUUACAUUUGCAAGAACACUUUAUGUUAAACUCUCAUAAUUCACGUUAUUCAUGUUAAGAUAUUAAUAAUAUUUAUAUAUAUUUUUAACCCAAGACAUUUUAUAGUUUCAUUUAACUGUUAAUGUCAGACUUUUAAUAAACUCUUAAUUUAGAAAUUAUUAUUAUAAGAGCCUACUGAAAAUACAAGAAAUUCUGUCCACAAUGUCAAGACUUUUCUCUGCUUCUCUUUACAAUAAGUAUUUUGCCGCCACCUUCUGGAUUAAUAUGCAUUGCAGUAUUGAACACACAUCUACAUGUACAAAUGCUUGUUGUGAUGCCAAAUGAAUACUUUUGGAACAGAAGCCAAUGUUUAUUUACAGGUUGUCUGAAUACACCUCUGUUUGUUGUACACAAAUCAGUCCAGUUCAUUUUAUAAUUUAUUAACAUAUUGUUUAUUGUGCUCUUGGUUAGAAUAUGAUGGGCCUGCCAUGUAGUAAAAAUCCACUCAAUAUUAUACACAUUUGCCCCCCAAAAGAACUUAUUGUAAUUUUUGUAAUUAUAGCAAAGACCAACUAUGUGUGUGAAAUAAAUAUUACACUAAAUAUUAUACACAUUUGUGCCAAAAAUAACUUUAAAAUGUUCAGUUUAUUAUAGUUUCUAUAUUUAAAGCAAAGAUCAAGUGUUUUCAUGUUUGAAAUCAAGUGUCAGUAAGUGAUCAGUCAGUCACCAGUGUUGUAUGUUGUGUGUGCAGAUCCGGGCUUUGAUGCUGAAUAUAACCUGCAGUGUUUCUCUCUCAAUCUCUUUAAGUUUAGUGUGACUUUAUCUCCACGCUGACAUAUGACUGACACGAGUCUGUCCUCAGUGAAGUGUCUCUUCACGCUGGAGGAGGAGUCCCGCUCAUCAGCGCUCACACUUUAUUGAUAUAUAUGGAGAAAAUAAAAAUGCUGCUUUCUGAUUUGUCAGUGAUUAUGUUUGAUGAUUUCCUCUGUUGUGUCUAAUAAGGUAACAGUGAGUGUCAUUGGCAGCUGUGAGAGUCUCUCUCUCUUUAGGGGACUGACAGGAGCCAGUUUCUUCAGUGUGUUUGAGGGAGCAGAAGGAGAAACAGAGUCAAACAAACAGUGUGACGAGCAGAAGAAGAUGGAGGGAUGUCUGACACUCGUUUUACUCUCCUCUAUAGUCACUCUAACAACAUCUGAUUUUGAGACUGUUAGAUUGGUCAGUGAAAGCAGCCUUUGUGCUGGACGAGUGGAGGUUCAUCAUGAUGGUCAGUGGGGAACAGUGUGUGAUGAUGACUGGGAUUUGGCUGAUGCUGCAGUGGUGUGUAGAGAGAUGGGAUGUGGAGAACCUGUAGAUGCUCUGGGUGAUGAUAAGGCUCACUUUGGAGCAGGAUCAGGGCCAAUCUGGAUGGAUAAUGUGCGCUGUAGAGGAUCAGAGUCUACACUGAAGAACUGUUGGUCAAGAGGAUGGGGUGUUCAUGACUGUGAUCUUGGUGAAGAUGCUGGAGUCAGAUGCUCAGAAAACUUAACAUACGGCGGGUCAAGACUUGUGGACGGGUCUCACCUGUGCUCUGGGAGAGUGGAGAUUCUUGUUGUAGGCGGCUGGGGUUCAGUGUGUGACGCUGCCUUUGACCAGCAGGAUGCAGAGGUUGUGUGUCGAGAGCUGGACUGUGGGGCUCCUGUACAGGUGCUGGGAGAAGAUGCUUUUGGAAAAGGAGACGCUCAGAUGUGGACACAAGAGAUUCAGUGCAGAGGAAAUGAAUCACAUAUUCAACACUGUUACACUGAUCUCAGACUGGUCAAUGGUCCUGACAUCUGUUCUGGUCGAGUUGAGCAUCAGUACUUCAGUAAAUGGGGCACAGUGUGUGAUGCAUGCUGGGAUAUGAGAGCCGCCAGUGUCCUCUGUAGACAGCUGAAUUGUGGGAUUGCUGUGUCUGUUGUGGGAUCAGACUGGUUUGGAGAGGGAAGUGGAGAAAUCUGGGCUGAUGUGUUUGAUUGUGACGGGAAUGAAACAAAACUCUCAGAAUGUUCCAUCUCUUCAUGGAGUCGAGCUGAAUGUUCUCAUAGACGAGAUGUUGGAGUCAUCUGCUCUAAUUCCUCUCUGGCUGUUCAUGAUGGUCUGGUGCGGUUGUCUGGAGAGAGACAGUGUGAGGGGGAGGUGGAAGUUUCCAUCCAUCAGGUCUGGAGGAGAGUUCUGCUGGACUCCUGGAGUCUCACUGAAUCCUCUGUGGUCUGCAGACAGCUGGGCUGUGGCUCUGUGCUGAACUUCUCCAGCUCCUCUUCAUCCAGUCCUGAACACAGUCAUGAGUGUGUGACGGGCUUCCAGUGCUCUGGGAGUGAAGCUCAUCUGGGGAACUGCAGAUCUCCACAAACUCUCAACUGCAGCUCCACACAACAGCUGUCAAUCACCUGCCUUGGUCGUGGGUCCAUCAGGCUGGUGGGUUCUGGGGGAGACUGUGCAGGGAGGCUGGAGGUUUUUCACAGCGGCUCAUGGGGGACAGUGUGUGAUGACUCCUGGGAUAUUAAAGAUGCCCAUGUGGUGUGCAGACAGCUGCAGUGUGGAGUGGCCCUCAGUAACCAGCAGGUACCAGCCUGGUUUGGUCCUGGUUCUGGACCCAUAUGGCUGGAUGAGGUGGAGUGUGAGGGGAAUGAGACGUCCCUGUGGAGCUGCUCUUCUCCAUGACUGUCAACACAAGGAGGAUGUAGGAGUUGUGUGCUCAGGUAAACAGUGAACAAUAAUUUAAAUAAUAACAUUUCAAUAACCUAUGUAUGUGGAUGAUAAAAUACAGUAUUACG